CACGCGCAUCAGCUCCGGAGCAUUCGUUGCAUUGUUGGCGUUUGCUUCUUCGUGACGACUUCGUUCAGUUGGGAUCCCUCAUCUUUUUCGCGAGCGAGUAUCACGGGAUCUACGCGUCUCGCGUGGGCUACUAGUUGAUAAGAUGACGGAAAACAAAACGGAAUUCGAUUGGGGAAAUGAGAAAUUACAACGUGCUCAGAAGACUGUCGAUGAAUCGCCAUAUGAUUUGGAAGCAUGGAGUAUACUCAUAAGGGAAGCACAAAACAGACCGAUUGUAGAAGUGAGACCAGUAUUUGAGAAACUUGUUUCAGUAUUCCCAUCAGCUGGACGAUAUUGGAAAAUUUAUAUAGAACAAGAGAUGAAAAUGCGGAACUUUGAGAAGGUGGAAAAGCUUUUCCAAAGGUGCCUCAUGAAAAUAUUAAAUAUUGAAUUGUGGAAACUAUAUCUUUCUUAUGUCAAAGAAACGAAAGCGAGUCUAACUACAUAUAAGGAAAAAAUGGCACAAGCAUAUGACUUCGCGUUGGAUAAGAUUGGCAUGGACAUACAUUCUUACAGCAUCUGGAAUGACUACGUUAUGUUUUUGAAGAGUGUCGAAGCAGUCGGAUCAUACGCGGAAAAUCAGAAAAUCAGCGCUGUACGAAAGGUGUAUCAACGAGGUGUUAUUAAUCCUAUGAUUAACAUGGAGCAAUUGUGGAAGGAUUACAUGGCAUUUGAGCAGAACAUUAAUCCAAUAAUCGCAGAGAAGAUGGCCAUCGAAAGAUCGAGGGAUUAUAUGAAUGCAAGGCGUGUCGCUAAAGAAUUGGAAGCUGUUACGAGAGGUUUAAAUCGGAGUGCACCCAGCGUUCCUCCAACUGGUCAUCCCGAAGAAGUUAAACAGGUCGAAUUAUGGAAGAAAUAUAUUGCAUGGGAACGGAGUAAUCCUCUUAGAACGGAAGAUACGUCGCUUGUUGCUCGCAGGGUCAUGUUUGCAAUCGAACAAUGUCUGUUAUGUUUGGGUCAUCAUCCUGCGGUUUGGCAUCAAGCAGCGCAUUUUUUAGAAUUGAGUUCAAAGAUACUGACAGAGAAAGGUGACGUGAAUGCAGCUAAGAAUCUCAGCGACGAGGCUGCUACCAUGUUCGAGAGAGCAACGAACACGUUAUUGUCGAAGAACAUGUUGUUAUAUUUUGCACAUGCGGACUUCGAAGAGGGUAGAGUAAAAUACGAGAAAGUUCAUCAAAUAUAUCAAAAGUUCCUCGAUAUACCUGACAUAGAUCCUACUCUGGCAUACGUGCAAUAUAUGAAAUUUGCGAGAAGAGCCGAAGGUAUAAAAUCUGCAAGAACAGUAUUUAAACGAGCACGAGAAGAUAUCAGAUGUAAACAUCAUGUUUAUGUUGCUGCUGCGUUAAUGGAAUACUAUUGUACUAAAGAUAAAAAUAUAGCAUUCCGUAUAUUCGAAUUAGGUUUAAAGAAAUUUGGAGAUAAUCCUGAUUAUAUUCUUUGUUACAUAGAUUACCUAUCGCAUUUAAACGAGGAUAACAAUACAAGAGUCUUAUUCGAGAGAGUAUUAUCUUCUGGUAGCCUGGAACCAGAAAAAUCAGUAGAUAUAUGGAAUCGUUUUUUGGAAUUUGAAUCUAAUAUCGGCGAUUUAGCUAGUAUCGUCAAAGUUGAGAAGAGACGAAGUGCAGUAUUGGAAAAGAUUAAGGAAUUUGAAGGAAAAGAAACCGCCCAAUUAGUAGACAGAUAUAAAUUUUUAGAUUUAUAUCCAUGUACUCCCAUGGAAUUGAGAUCAAUUGGAUACAUGGAUGUUUCAAGCGUUGCUAGAAAUUCUAUUGGUGUUAUACCCCGCGUACCUGAUCCAGAAGAAGCAAUUGCUGCGUUACCCAGACCUGAUUUAUCACAAAUGAUACCAUAUAAACCAAAAGUGAAUCCUUUGCCUGGUGAACAUCCAGUACCAGGUGGUUCAUUUCCAUUACCACCAGCCGCAGCUCAAUUAUGCACUAUGUUGCCGCCACCUGGUUGCUUUAGAGGCCCAUUCGUUGCCGUUGAUUUACUGAUGGAUGUUUUCAGCAGAAUUCAAUUACCCGAUCAUGCUCCAUUGCCAGUGGCAGAUAAUGGAUGUGACACAAAGUUGUUCGAUCUUGCGAAAUCUGUACAUUGGAUCGUCGAUGAAAGUAACGAUGGCAUGAGCAUCGGAUCGAAACGUAGACGAACGCGUUUAGGUGGCGACGACAGCGAGGAGGAAGAUUUACCGCCUCCACCUAUAAACGAUAUUUACCGCCAAAGACAACAAAAGCGAGUCAAAUGAAUGAUUCAUGAAAUGAAAAAGAUGAAUGGCUUAUAAAUGAAACAUAUAUGAAUGACCAUGUAAAUGAAACAUAUAUGAAUGACCAUGUAAAUGAAACAUAUAUGAAUGACCAUGUAAAUGAAACAUAUAUGAAUGGUCACAAUGAUUCAUGUCACGAAUAUAUUUUUAUGAUUUCAUUUUGUACCAUUACUUAUGUAGGAAGACACAGACUUAUCAUUAUUGUGAAAUAUACAUUUGUAAAGUUAUUAAAUAUCUUACGUGACAUCGUGCACGAUAUUUUGAGUACUAUGUACUCAGAAAUUUUAUCUUUGCAUCUUUUGAUUUAUUCUAAAAUGGAAAAAAAA